AGAAAACGACACAAAGAUGUGACGACUGAAGAUAGAAGCAGGUCAGUUAUUCCAGACUCCAUUUUGUGUCAACGACACAGAGAUGUGACGACUGAAGACUGAAGCAGGUUGGUGUUAAUGUUUAACCUCUCAGAAUGACUUCAGGUCAGAAGAUGAGUGACUGGUCUAAAGGUGAUCCUCCAGGUAAUGAACCUGGACCCUCAGAGUCAAAAGUUCAGUCCAGACAGAGAGCAGAGUCUCCAGUACCCAGCUGUCUGUCUAUGAAGAGUGACUGGUCCAUAGGUCAUCCUCCAGACUUCAGUAAUGAACCUGGACCCUCAGACACAAAGAAGAGGAAGAGGAGUGAUGUCUCUGUGGAGGAGCAGCGACAAAGAUCCAGAACCAGAGCUGGACUGCAGCCAGCCGGUCAGACCAGCGCUGUACAAAAUAGAGGUCUGCAGGAGGUUGUAGAUGAACAUAAGAUCAGUCUGAGGAGGAGAUGUGAACGUGUGACUGAAGGAAGUGAUGAAACAGGAAGUGGAACCCUCCUCAACAGGAUCUACACUGAGCUCUACAUCACAGAGGGACAGAGUGAAGAGGUUAAUACCCAACAUGAGGUGAGGCAGCUUGAGACAGCUUCCAAGAAGAAGACCCUCCAUGACGCUCCAAUCAAGUGCCAGGACAUCUUUAAAGCCUUACCUGACCAACAGGGACACAUCAGAGUCGUUUUGACGAACGGUGUCGCUGGCGUUGGAAAAACCUUCUCAGUGCAGAAGUUCACUCUGGACUGGGCAGAGGGCUUGGAGAACCAAGAUGUCAGUCUGGUGGUUCUGCUUUCGUUCAGGGAACUGAACUUGAUCAGAGAUGAGCAGUACAGUCUUCUCAUGCUGCUCCAUGAUUUCCAUCCAACAUUACAGAAGGUCACAGCAGAGAAGCUCGCUGUCUGUAAAGUUCUGUUCAUCUUUGACGGCCUGGAUGAAAGCAGACUUUCACUGGAUUUCAAGAACAAGAAGGUUGUGUCUGAUGUCACCCAGAAGUCAUCAGUCAACGUGCUGUUGACAAACCUCAUCCAGGGGAAUCUGCUUCCCUCAGCUCUCGUCUGGAUAACUUCCCGACCUGCAGCGGCCAAUCAGAUCCCUCCUGCAUGUGUUGACAGGGUAACAGAAGUACGAGGCUUCACUGACACCCAGAAGGAGGAGUACUUCAGGAGGAGAGUCAGUGAUGAAGAGCUGUCCAGCAGAAUCAUCUCACACAUCAAGACAUCCAGGAGCCUCCACAUCAUGUGUCUAAUCCCAGUCUUCUGCUGGAUCACUGCUACAGUUCUGGACCACAUGUUGACUACAGACCAGAGAGGAGAGCUGCCCAAGACCCUGACUGACCUGUACUCACACUUCCUGUUGGUUCAGACAAAGAGGAAGAAGCAGAAGUAUGGUGAGGGACAUGAGACGAGUCCACAGGAGCUGACGGAGGCUGACGGAGAAGUUCUUCUGAAGCUGGGGAGGCUGGCGUUUGAACAUCUGGAGAAAGGAAACAUCAUGUUCUACCAAGAAGACCUGGAGCGGUGUGGUCUGGAUGUCACAGAGGCCUCGGUGUACUCAGGAGUUUGUACAGAGAUCUUCAAAAGAGAGUGUGUGAUCUUCCAGAAAACAGUCUACUGCUUUGUUCACCUGAGCAUUCAGGAGUUUCUGGCUGCAGUCUACAUGUUCCACUGUUACACAAACAGGAACACAGAGGUACUGAAGGACUUCCUAGGGAAAAAAUAUGUUCAUUCAACCCUGGAUGUCUUCCUGAAGAGAGCCAUGGAGAAAUCCCUUGAAAGUAAAAAUGGCCACCUGGACUUGUUUGUUCGCUUCCUUCAUGGCCUCUCUCUGAAGUCCAACCAGAGACUCUUAGGAGGUCUGCUGGGUCAGACAGACAACAGUCCAGAAAUCAUCCAGAGAGCCAUCAACAACCUGAAGAAGAAGAAGAGGACCAAAAUCUCUCCUGACAGAAGCAUCAACAUCUUCCACUGUCUGACGGAGAUAAACGACCACUCGGUACAUCAGGAGAUCCAAGAGUUCCUGAAGUCAGAGAACAGAUCAAAGAAGAAACUCUCUAUGAUCCACUGCUCAGCUCUGGCCUACAUGCUGCAGAUUUCAGAGGAGGUUCUGGAUGAGUUGGACCUGAAGAAGUACAAGACAACAGUGGAGGGACGACGGAGACUGAUUCCAGCUGUGAGGAACUGCAGAAAAGCUGUACUUUCUGACUGUGGACUCUCAGCCACUCUCUGUGAAGUUAUGGCCUCAGCUCUGAAGUCCGACCCCUCCCAUCUGAGAGAGCUGGAGCUGAGUGACACCUACCUGUAUGAUUCAGGAGUGAAGCUGCUUUCUGCUGCACUGGAGAGUCCAAACUGUAGACUGGAGAGUCUGAGAUUGACGGGCUGCAGGUUGUCAGAGAUCAACUGUGCUUCUCUGGCCUCAGCUCUGAAGUCCAACCCCUCCCAUCUGAGAGAGCUGGAUCUGAGUGACAACUACCUUCAGGAUUCAGGAGUGAAGCAGCUGUGUGGUUUUCUGGAGAGUCCACACUGUAGACUGGAGACUCUGAGAUUGAGUCACUGCAGGUUUUCAGAGAUCAGCUGUGCUUCUCUGGCCUCAGCUCUGAAGUCCAACCCCUCCCAUCUGAGAGAGCUGGAUCUGAGUGACAACAAGCUGAAGGAUUCAGAUGUGAAGCAGCUGUCUGAUCUGGUGGAGAGUCCGCACUGUAGACUGGAGACUCUGAGGUCAGUAGAGGAAGUGAUCUCUAACCACCAUCAUCCUUGUGUGUUCCUCUGGACCUGACAGAGUAUCAUCAGUGUAUCUGGACUCUGUCCUUCUGCACAGUCUCUGCAGACACACUGAGACUCCUCCACUCCUUCUGCUCCACACUGAACCACCUCCUCCACCUGGACCUGGGUUUCACUUUGUCUUCAUUCAUUCAUAUAUUCUGAACCCAAAGUGCCUCUGCAGAUUAGUUCUGUUUAUGACAACAGAACUGUAGAUUAACACCUUUAAAUAGAUGUUUCUGCUUUGCUUUCUGUUGCAGCUCCACCCUGUGGAACGAUGGAGUUCUGCAGUUAAUUUCCACAUACUACUAAAUAUAUAUAUACCAUAUACAAUAUAUAUACCAAUACCAGCCGUUUUUCAUAUUAUAACAGAUUUGCUUGUAACAAACAGAAAGAAGUAGAUAAAACCUGAACCUGAGGCUUCAGUUUCUCAACUAAAUCAAACAGAUUAUGUCUGGAUUUUGGUGGAAAGUCAGCUCCUUAAUAUUGUCUUUUGUAUGUGAUGUUUGAUGUAAAACAAAACAAACAAAAAUCCUGACUAUCUCGGUUUUUGCUACAAAACAAAUAAUAUUUGUUAGUUUAUUACAGAUGUACGUGUCACCCUGCUAGUUUUCACAUUACAUGGCUCAACACAGACACAUGAAGUCAACCUGUGGAGCUUUUCCCCUCAGAAAUCAAUGUUGAGUCGCCGUUAUCACCACCGUUCAUGUUCUGUAGCUUGUGUUGGAAAAAUACAUACAUGCAGCACAUUCCUAAGGUCUUGACAGGUGACACUCACUGCCCUUGAAGUCUAUUUCAGUUUCUGUGUUGCAUACACAACAAACAUGUAGUGCCUAUUUGAGGACAAGUACCUUAAAUGGACAGACGUGUCAGACAGAGAGGACAAUGUGAGAUAUACGACUGUGAGCAUUCACUCAAGGUUAUAAAUGUGGCUAAACCGAGAGACUCGGUGCUCUCAGCCCUGAACAUUCUAUGUUGAUGGUUGUGUGCCCACUUGCAGGUGUGUAUUACAACUCCGAAAGACGCUCUCUUGUUUUUGAGUCCUUAUUCAACAGAAAUUGCCUCCACAGGCUCCAUUACAGUCCACCAGUCCCAGAAACAAAAGCCAAACACCAAAGUGUUUAUAAUUGCUAAGCAAUAAUGGACUCAUUCCUUAAAUUCUGCACAUUCCAGUGAGCUACAUGAGUGUCCUGCCUCGUUUCUUUUAAGUCAUGCAAAUAAAGAAACUAACGUGAACCAA